CGCGGGCUCCGGGGAUGGAGGAUGCGGGGAGAGGGGAAGGAGGAUGCGGGCUCCGGGGAUGGAGGAUGAGAGCGGCAGGGAUGGAGGAUGCAGGUAGCGGGGAUGGAAGCUGCGGAUACCGACAUCCUCCAUCCCCGGCGCCCCGGAGGAUGCGGGUACCAGGGCUGAAGGAUGCGGGUACCAGGGCUGAAGGAUGGGAGCAGGGGGGAUGGAGGAUGCGGGUACCGGGGAUGGAGAUGGGAGCAUGCCGGGACUCCCCCUCCCUGUGCGUACCCCCGAGCUGAGGGGACGCGCCCCCCCCACCUCACUCCGCCUCCGCCCGUGCUGCUUUCCCCCUCCCCGGGGGAAGGGGGGACAUUUGGGGCCAAGCAACCGAAGGAAAGUGGCCCCCGGACUCCUCUUGUGCCACGGAAAAGCCCUGAGGGAGGAGAAAGAGGAGGAGGAGGGGGAGGAAGUAAGGAAAGGAGAAGGGGGGAAAAAAAGGACAAGGACGAGCUUGGACUGGAGCCAAGGAGGUUCUGGAUCGCGACGGAGGGGACCCUGGUCUCCCCAGGACACCUGUGCUCAGCUGGGAGACCCCCCCACCACAACCCCCCAGCGCUGGAGCCGCAGACCCCGGAGCGAGGGCCCGACGUGGGGAGAAGCGUCGCUCCCCGGGGACACUCAGCCCUGCAUUCCCCUCCCCGGCGUCGGGGAGCAGGCAAGGCGUGAGCCAUUGGAUUUUAGCUUCCUGGGACAUCCAAGGGACUCUUCCUCCUCUUCCUCCUCCUCCUCCUCCUCCCUCUGCUCACCCCAUGGCCACCUCACACCUUCCCGCGGCCACCGGCUGAGUCCCCUCCGCAGCAUUCCCGACUCUGCAUGCUGCAUCCCGACCCCGCUCCCCGCUCCGAACCAGAGCCCCCCGACCUCGCAGGGAGGCGAGCGUGCGGCUGGGACUUCCUUGGAGGCAGGGGAACGUUAAGAUGUUGAAA